CUUUGCGCGCUCCGCCAUUCUGUUCGUGGCUUUCUAGGUGAGUGGCUGUGUGUCGUGCUUUCUCCGCGGAUUUUAAUUAAGGAACUCUUGUCUCAAGAUGGGCGAGGUCGACCCAGGGAAAUUGUUCAUCGGGGGACUCAGCACCGAUACAAAUGAGAACGCGCUGGAGACGAUCUUCUCCAAGUAUGGGAGGGUCGCUGAAGUGCUGAUCAUGAAGGACCGGGAGACGAACCGCUCCAGAGGCUUCGCCUUUGUGACGUUUGCGAACCCUGACGACGCGAAGGGUGCCGAGAGGGACAUGAACGGGAAGCCCCUGGAUGGCAGGAAUAUCAAGGUGGAGCAGGCAACGAAACCAUCGUUCGAAGGCGGUGGUCGAUUCGGCUCUUAUCGGGGGUUUGGCUUCCGGGGUGGGCGCGGAUCCUACCGAGGCCGUGACAGGGAUGGCUACGGAGGCCCCCCAGCUCGCCGAGACGGCCCCCCGUCACGGCGCGACGACUACGACGACUACUAUACCCCCCGGGAAGGAGGCUACUCCGGCAGGGAUUAUGGAGGCUCGCCAGACUCACAAGAGCACUACGGGGGACACAGGGGCGACGGGUACAGAGCAGGGGCUCGUGCCUACGGUGAGCGUGAUGGCUACUCCAGCCGGGAGUCCCGCGACUACGGCGCCAGUGGCGGAAACUACAGGGACGCCUAUGACAGCUACAGUGAGUGCCCCCACCAACCCUUCAAUCGGUUCCCCCCUAUCGAGCCCCUCCCCUUCCAGUCAAAAAUCACAUGCCUUAUUACUCCCUGACAGCACCUUCCUUUUUUCCUGCCAUUGCUUUAAACCUACGUCGACCAGCGUGGCAAAGUGUGGUUACAUUUCUUGGGCAUGGUGUGCGGAAACCCUAAUCCUUAAGGUGGGUUGACUAAAGUGCUGUGCAUGUGCAUACGAGUGAUGUGCUUGACCCAUGCUCCCAGUGGACAUGUACAACAACACUUCUUAAUCCACUGCUGGAUGAGCGCAGCCUGCUCUGUCAUUGGGUUAUUUGACCGUGCCUCACGAUAGUGCAGGUUGGUUAAAGCUGGGAGAGUAGACGGGGAAACAGGACUUUUCAUUAUUUGCUGCCCUGCCUUUUCCACUCGUGAGACAACCUGUUUAUGCAUCCAAGCACUAUCCAGCCACUCACCUGCUUUGGC